CUCGAUCGCACGCUUCAACAAUGCCAUAUCAUACCAUACCAUCAGCUGUCUGCAACGCUAGCAGAAACGCACACCAAGGGCCAUACCAUACCAUACCAUCGUACUUGUGACGCUGACGGCUCUUGACCCUCCCCGCAUCCGUCAGCUGCUCGUCGUGUUGCACCCAGAGCCAUGUCGGCAAUGUAGCUCCCAUGCAAUGAAGCAGCGUGGGAGAGCCAUUCAUGGUGGGAGCGAAUGCCUCGAACUUCCGCAGUGGACAAUGCAACUCUCCAGACCUCAUGACAAUAGGGACAGGACAGCACAGGCAUGCUGCUGCUUAGGGCUCAACAUGGCAAGCCGUCCGAAGAAGGCCAUGGAUGAAGACCCAAGUCGCCAGGAGUGAGUCUCUCGUUUGCCAGCUACAUUACUCAGGGCAUGAAUAUGAUCACACUGCUGUGAUGCUACUAAUGCUGCUACUCCAGAGCUGCCCUGAGGCCUUGUGGUCUCUCCAAACACGCGAAACAAGCCGCCAAAGCACUAAUGGUCCGCAGACCUCGUUGAGAAUUUGUACCUCCUACCCUCAGCAGACAGAUGGACUCAACUACUUGCCUCAGAGCACGAAACCUCAGCUUUCCACAUCCAAUGCACCUUCCCAUGUUGUACCGCCGCAUUCGGCGUAAUCCAGGCCGCAACACAUCAUAGGCUUGCAAGGGCAAGAGACAGCAAAAUGUAGUCUAGCCAUCAGCAUCGGCACUUGCCGUACGAGCACAUUCGUAUGCGGAUCAAGUCACUGAGAGCGAGGCCCGAAGGUCGGCGCAUCGAUCAUGGACGAAAGCAUCGAUCACCGACGCCAAUGCAAAGAGAAUAAGUCGUCAGCCUGCACGUGGCCAUCGAUAUUUCCAAAAAGGGCGUAGCUGUUGAGAUGACUGGGUUGAGCUACAAGCGACCAAGUUUGUUCGUAGCACGCUCAACGGACCACUGAGCUCGACAUCGCCCUAGUAUCGAUCACUGCCUCCAGAGGUGACCCGAGGAGAGAUGGCAGAGCUCUCCAUCUUGCCGAGAGCGCCGCCGCCGCCGCCCCUUCGUACCGUUCGUUUCUCUUAGCAAACAUUGAGGGGAAAACCGAGGCCACAGGCUCAUCUGGUAGAUGUAAGACUACCUCAUUCAGGGAAUCCUGCCCAAGCGUACUCUCCUUGACCAUGACCCAACACUCCAGAGGGUUGAUUCACCCGAGACCGACCUCCUUGCCAAAGCGUCCCGAGCUCUGCCAUGCUCCAAGUUGACUGCGUUGUCGUCGACUAUGGUCUACAGGGUACACCAGAACUCUGCUCGGCCAGGAGCAAUAUAUAAACGCCCUAUGAAGACAGCGCACUGUCGAAGAUUGUCUCUCUCUCAAGUCCACAUCGGGGCACAACAAACCGCUUCUAGUAUCCUUUGCUCAACUUUCCUUCGAACUACCUUCACCAUGAAAGCAGCGACUCUAUUCGCAGGGCUCUUUGCCAUUGCUUACGCCGCUCCGUUAAUGGCCCCGGAGCUCAAUGCUCGCAAUGAAGUAUCGCCUACCGAAUUCGCCAAGCGCGGUGAUGGACGUGACGGUGGACGCGACGGUGACGGACAAUACAUCGCCAAGCGUGGCGAUGGACGCGAUGGUGGACGCGACGGUGAUGGACAAUACAUCGCCAAGCGCGGUGACGGACGCGAUGGUGGACGCGACGGUGAUGGACAAUACAUCGCCAAGCGUGGUGAUGGACGCGAUGGCGGACGCGACGGUGACGGACAAUACAUCGCCAAGCGCGGUGAUGGACGCGAUGGCGGACGCGACGGUGACGGACAAUACAUCGCCAAGCGCGGUGAUGGACGCGAUGGCGGACGCGACGGUGAUGGACAAUACAUCGCCAAGCGCGGUGAUGGACGUGACGGUGGACGCGACGGUGACGGACAAUACAUCGCCAAGCGCGGCGAUGGACGCGAUGGUGGACGCGACGGUGACGGACAAUACAUCGCCAAGCGUGGUGAUGGACGCGAUGGCGGACGUGACGGUGACGGACAAUAG